GAAGAUAAUGCCAAGUGUCAUGUUCCUGGCAGUCCAGCACGAAUACUGUGGCCCGAUGGACAAGAACGCAGGCAGUUGCCCUAAGAGUGAAGAGAAGCGGGAGAAGAUGAAGCGGACCCUAUUAAAGGAUUGGAAGGCCCGUUUGAGCUACUUCUUACAAAAUUCCUCCACACCUGGAAAACCCAAACCUGGCAAGAAAAGCAAACAGCAAACUUUUAUCAAGCCAUCUCCUGAAGAAGCACAGCUGUGGUCAGAAACAUUUGAUGAGCUACUAGCCAGUAAAUAUGGUCUUGCUGCAUUCAGAGCUUUUUUAAAAUCUGAAUUCUGUGAAGAAAAUAUUGAAUUCUGGCUGGCCUGUGAAGACUUCAAAAAAACUAAGUCACCCCAAAAGCUGUCUUCAAAAGCAAGGAAAAUAUAUACUGACUUCAUAGAAAAGGAAGCUCCAAAAGAGAUAAACAUCGACUUUCAAACAAAAACUUUAAUUGCCCAAAAUAUACAAGAAGCUACAAGUGGUUGUUUUACAACGGCCCAGAAAAGGGUAUACAGCUUAAUGGAGAACAAUUCUUAUCCCCGCUUCUUGGAGUCAGAAUUCUACCAGGACUUGUGUAAAAAGCCACAAUUCCCCACAGACCCCCAUACUACAUGAGAUGAAAAUAGGAGCCAAUAAAUGGAUUUUUUCUUCCCUAAGCAGAAAGGCUUUGAC